AUGACUGCACAUCUCGACGUCGUGCGGGCCUGGCGAGACGACGUGGCAGCUCAACCGCCCGCCCUCGAGCUUGAUCACCGCGGCCGCAAGCGACACCGGAGCCUUACUCGGUGCGACGCGGCAGCCAAGUGCGGCACAUCAGGCGAAUCGAGCACGUUGCGCGGACGACCCCGAAGGCGCUCGACAUCGCCGUACGGGGCUGCAUCUCGCACCACGUCGCGCAGCGCGAUGGACGGCUCGGCCUCGCCGGCGAGAAAACGGUUGCUUCGCGUCGGUGGUCCUCGACCGUCGAAAGAAGCCAGAGCCCCUCGCGUCCCGGUCGCCGAACCGGCGGCAGCAGAACGCGGCGCGGCGGAGACAGCGGACCAGGAGCCGGAGUCGGAGCCACGAUGA